AUGGCAUGUCGUCGAUUUGCUUCUUUGCAUAACAUGGCGGCUGCUAUCAGACGCAUUGCUGGACGGGGCCUGAGACAUAGAAAGGGACCGGGCCCAGGCCCUCGGGAACAUCAUCUGGAGACAUUCCAGCAUCCCAAAUAUGCGGAGCAGAAGCAUCAAGCACGCCACAACAGGCCACACGACGAAUGCCUAGACCUUCGUGACUUCCUAGUCAUUACCAGAGGCGACGAGAUCCGGGCGCAACGCCUUGUCGACCGGUGCGUUGGGCAGGAGAUUUAA